CGCCUUGAUUUUCACCUGAAAAACACACAGACACUGCAGCGUCGGCGGCGAUAUUUCAUUCCAGGCUAAUUCUUCUGCCGGACUCCGCCGUGGUGGUUAGCCUACUCAUGGGUUCAGACGAGCCGCUGGUUUUCCGUGAUUUGGAGAUCAAUGGAGGUGGCGCGACGGCGACGGCGACGGUGAGGUUUGGGUUGGUUAGGGAUUUGUGGGGGAAUUUACUGAAAGCGGUGUUUGGAACGAAGCUGGCGGUGCUUUUUCCGGCGAUCCCUUUGGCGGUGGCGGCGGAUUUUUACAACUUUGGAAGCGCAUGGACACUUGGUUUGAGCUUACUUGGAUUGGCUCACCUUGCAGAACGUGUCAGUUUUUUGACCGAGCAGAUUGCAUUCUUCACGGGGCCCACAGUUGGAGGGCUAGUGAAUGCAACAUGUGGGAAUGUAACAGAGUUGAUAUUAGCAAUGUUAGCAUUACACCAAAACAAAAUCCACAUCUUGAAAUUCUCCCUUUUGGGUUCCAUUCUUUCCAAUUUACUUCUAGUUCUUGGCACCUCUCUUCUCUUUGGAGGCUUAUCCAAUCUCAACAAGCAACAAACAUUCAACCCAAAAGUCGCGAACGUAAGCUCUUUAGUGUUGCUACUCGGAUUGCUAUGCCAAAUGCUGCCAUUGAUAUCAAGAUUUGCAUCACCAUCAGCUAAAUUAUGGACAGACAUGUCUGUUCUAGAGCUAUCAAGAACAUGCAGCAUCAUAAUGCUCAUAGCUUAUCUUGCUUAUGUGUUCUUCCAAUUGAAAACCCAUAACCAAUUUUUUGGUCUACCAGAGGAGGAAGAGGAUGAUGAAGAAAUGGCAAUAAUUGGGGUUUGGAGCUCGUUUGGUUGGCUGGUGGGUAUGACCAUUGUCAUAGCUGUUCUAUCACAGUAUGUUGUGGCUACAAUUGAGGAGGCAUCACAAUCAUGGGGCGUUUCGGUGAGCUUUAUGAGUAUAAUUGUGCUGCCGAUUAUGGGUAAUGCAGCUGAGCAUGCUGGGUCGGUUAUAUUUGCUGUGAAGAACAAAUUGGAUAUAACACUUGGGAUAGCAUUGGGAUCAGCAGCUCAAAUUUCAGUGUUUGUGGUGCCUUUGAGUGUAGCUGUUGGAUGGUGUUCGAGCAUCAAAAUGGAUCUUGAUUUCGGUCUCAUCGAAACUGCGUCUCUCGCCUUCGCCAUCGUCCUCACUCUAUUCACUCUACAAGACGGAAAUUCACAUUACAUCAAAGGAAUGGUACUUCUCUUCAGCUAUGUAGCAAUUUCUUUCUGCUUUUUCUGUUCAAACUAUUGAACUCAUAUGCACAGAUGUA